ACACACACGUGAACCGGAGCCUAGUGGAACCAGACAGCAUUGUUCCAUCAUUCAUGCAAUAUAACGGUGACGACGGUUUUUUCCCCUUUCUCUUCAUCUGCUGUCAAUCGUGGGAAUUCCGUACAGUCUGUUAGAAGUCCCAUGGACAUAAUGCAUGCGUCGUUGACUAGGAAUGAAAUUAUGUUGAUUCCUGUGUAUGAAUGUUGAUUUACUGCGGUAUAGGGGCACAUCACCAAGUACGCAAAGAGCACUAUCAGCAAAUUUACUACAUUGAAUGUUGUCGUAAUUGCCAAUGUGGAACAUUCGCAGGUGUACUUUUACGAAGCGCAGUCUGUGAAGAGUGAACGGGUAUAAACUUGAAACCACAAGAACUAUGGCUUCGGAGGAUGCAUCGGUGAAAGUUGAACUGACGACGGAGUCAAGCUGUUCACCAGCUGAAGGGGGCGAGGGCGGAUCGCCCCGUAGCCGUGCCGAGGAGGCACAUGUUUUCAUUUCUAACAGACAGCUUUCCACGACCAAAGAUGUCAUUAUUAGUGUACGAGAGAAGCAUGGCUCGUUCAGGUCUGCUGUGCCCUGUAUGCCUAUGCCAAUGGCACUAAUUUGCUGCCUUUUCAAUAUCUUUACGCCUGGACUUGGUACGCUACUAUCCUCGUUCUCAGUGUUCUGUUGCGGCUUCACCCGUAUCACUCCCCGUAGUGCGUUUCUAUGGAAUCUCUUGGCUGCCUUGCUUCAGGUAUUGUCGUGCAUCUUCAUUGUUGGCUGGAUAUGGAGCAUCUCGUGGGGUAUGACAUUCUGCACACUUGCCACUGAAUAUAAAUACGAGAAACAAGUCAGAGGAAAGCAACACCAAUCCGCGAGGUGGACUCCAACUUAGUACUACUCCUUGUUGUCAUCUGGAAAACCACGUUGUGACUACGUUCAGAAAAUGCUGUGUGCCGAUCCACUGAAAGCACCCACGAUUUACCAAUAUUAUGGUUGAAACAGGAGCAAUGCUUAAAUGUUCGGUUUGAGCAAUGCCAAGUUCUCAUCAUCGAUAGGUGGAUCCUCCUUUUGGCGUGUUUUUUUGCCCAAAUGGCUUAAAUUGUUAAAUCGUGGUCGCAAAGUGAAGCAACUACAACAUGUACUUAACUUGUAAAAAAGAGUAGUGCCAUCCGCUACUGGGGCGGAUUUGCCGUUUGAUCGGCUGAGCAAAUACUGGAAACUUUGGUAGGGCCGAAGUCAGGCCGAAGUCAUGCCGAAGUAAGGCCGAAGUAAGGCCGAAGUCAGGCCGAAGUCGAAGUCAGGUCGAAGUUUAACUUUGUGUUUAGACUCCUGUUUGAUUGUGAUGGACAGAUCAGGAAAGCAUUUAGGCAUGACGUUUGCCCCAAACAAUGCUAUACAUUAUUACCAGCCCUUUUGCUAUGAGCUAUGCCCCCUUUAGCCCCUGUUUCCACACGUUGGCCAAAGACGGCCCCCAUCUCUCCUAACGUUGGCCCACAGACAGUCGGCCAUGGUCAUACCCUGGCCAGGCUAACUUACCCUUAGUCGAUCAUGCCUGUAAGGAUCAUCAACAUGCUAAAGUUGUUUCACCCUCGGAUCACAACUCAAGAGGGCGUUCCGAUCGGUGAGGUCUGGUAACAUGCGUGCCGUUUCCCCGGACGGAUCCCACAGCGAUGUACGAGAGGGGCUCAGCGGCACGCCGUUUCGCAUCUUUUAAAACGGCUUUUGGGAGGCUGUGAUCGCAGAUGAGCCAGUGGGAACAUUCAUUGCAAAAGAUACCUGGCCAUGCGCAGUUUCUACAUGUUAGUAAUCGUCAACUAUCGUUCGUCAUUGCCCGAUGACACCACUUCGAAAAUCAUGUUGUAUCGGUGAACGCUUAUGGUUGCAUUGUGAACAUAAGCAUUGAGUAUUGAGAUACUUCAUGAAAAUGCUUCUGACGAAUAACUUAGAAAUGUGGAAAUGCACUGACGAUUUUGAAAAGUCACCCUGCAAGAUUGUGUUUUUAUUUAAUGUUAAAAUUAAUGUUAAUGUUAAAAUUUAACUUGUUUUUGUUGGCCGCCUUUCCCCAAAAUGGACCACAGCGACCCCUGUAGCCGUUUUCACGAAACGCUUGGACUAAUCCUAUCUCGAGUUAGGACGAGUUACCUGUCCUUACUUAGGAUGGGUUCAAUGCGUCAUACGUCUUCGGAUAGGGAACUUAAUUCGUCCUAAGAUUAAUUCUAAGUUAGGACGAGUUUGGUCAAAUCGACAGCUGGAUGUUGCCCUGCAAGAUGGAAAAUGUACACAAUGGUCCAUUGGUGGUUCAGCGUUGUUUUUUAUUGACAUUUGGCUGUGCAAGGGUGUUUUCUUUAGUAGUUCUUAACUAGUUUCUGCAAUAUUUAAACUUUCUGUGGACUUCCCUUUGCAGAGCAAUUUGUAAAGCAAUUUGUAGUUUGGAUGAUACCUUGGAAAUUUUCGCGGUGGUCAGACAUCAGACAUUCUCUUUAAAAUCUUGCAUAGUGAUAGUGACGUAGGCCUAAAUAUGUCACCUGAACAACAGGUGGAUUACUUUUUAAUUUGGGAUCAAACUUUGGGCAGCUUUGGUAAGAAAUGUAUAUUAUGCCACUCCCAUUGCAGUAUUUUGACCAAAACUUCAGUUUCCUAUAACCCUGUGAAGGCAAACAAUUAUUUUAGAAAAAUAUGUUUCUCGAAAUUUGCAUAAAAUGCGCAUGCUGUCUCGUUUAAAACAAAAAUGUUUAUAGAGCUUUUGUAUUAUAUUGGACUUCAUGCAUACAUAGUGCUAGCCGAAAAAAUAACAUAAAAGCAGAAAGGGUAAAAAACGCGAUUCGCCACAAGUCUCUUCAUCAAAAUUUGCAAUCAAUAUUUGUACGGUGUGUACAAAUUGUCUUGUUUAUUUCGCGUAGCAAAGCUUUUUGGCUGUGCCGUCUUAAAAUUUUAGAGGUCUGUCGUAAUACCAAUAGUAGUACUCUUACGAAGAUGCAGUUUUCCUGUACCAAAGGAACAAAUUAUUGUUAAUAAUUGUUUUACUUGUGACGUUGGCGUUUUCCCGCAUUGUUUUGAGCCACUUGUUUGAUUGACUUAUAAACUGCAUAGCAGUCUAAGUUUUGUGGAGUUUUUAAAAAUAUUCUUUAGUUAAACUUUUGUAUAAUAUUAAUAACCUGUGAUGCGACUGUGUACUAUUGCUACGAGGCAUGUGUACAUUUCAGUGGUUUUAAUUUAUCAGUGUGAUACAUAGGCCCUUUUCGAAUCCACGGCUUUGGCUUUGUAUUGGGCUUCAGGCUCCGGUCUCUGGUCUGAAUCCCUGACCGCAUAGCACGCGUAUAGUCAGAACAACUGAUGUGGCUAGCUAGCCUGAGCCGAAUCCGAAGCCGAAGCCGUGAAUUCGAAAGGGCCAAAUACGUGGGCCGGGUGUUGUGACAGGUAAAGUAGUACACAAGAUGCCUGACUGCUGAAUGUCGUUUAUACUCGAACCAUAUAGCCGUUGUCAGGGGAAAUGUUUCCCCGGAGAAUCUGCCCCCCAAGGGAAUGAACAUGUGGGCUGGAGGAGGAAGAUUCAAAAGAGGGCGCUAUCCAGAAUAACUUAUUACACAGUUCGCCUUAUAGGGGAAUGAUCUCUGGUGACAGAAUCUCCCUGCCACACCGGGGCGGGUUUGGACCCUUGAUGAGGAACCAUUGAUAAUUGAGCAUUGAAGGUUUGCACGGUGAAUUGUAAACAGGUAAUUGUUAAGUGUUUUGUUCAUCGGAUUGUACGUUAAAACCGAAUGUCUCAUUUGAAGUAGUGGCCAAAGAUCCAAAGUAUACUUUUAGAUUGGAGUUGAGGCCUUCACGCUGGUAAGUGGCUCUUUGAAAAAGGUGUGAUCAUUGUCGAAAACAGAUACGAGCCAAAUGGUAUCGUGGAAGCCUUAUAUCUGUACUUUUAUUGGCAAUGGCCAGAACCAGCUCAGGUACCGAGUAUACAAUGCAUAACACACAUCGGUGUAUAAUUGGUAAACUCGAAAAUUAAUAUCAUCAUUAGAGCUUAUAAGCUCAGUAGGCCUUCGGAAAUAAAACUUAAAUUUAUCAAUUUUGUUUAUUGAUAUACAGAAAUAAAAUCAGAUUGUACGAAAAUAAAUGCAUAAUUAUUAGCAGGAGAUUUGGUCGAACCGGUGGUUAUAAAACAUUUUGAAAAUAUGCUUAAAAAGCAUAAAAUUAAACAGAUCGUUAUGUAAAAGACGUGUUAAAGAAUGUAACAUAAUGAAUACUAAAAUGUAAAUCGCUACUGUUGGAAGUCACUGUGUGUUUGGAAUGUACAAAAUGUUCUCAGUCACUGUUGAGAUGAAUGGAUUGUAAUGGAUUGUAAUUUGAGUUAUAAAUCCGCAUUAAUUAUGAUAAUUGUUUGAAUAUUAAAGAGUGGACAAGAGUAUUAA